CCACAAUGUCCGCGGUCCGUGAGAUGUGCAGGACGUGUUGGACUAUCACACCUCAUAUCUAGUAUCUACAGGUACCGUAAUACGUCCAGAAAACGAUAAUCGGCCAGAUAUUAGCGCUCAAUUGCCUUGUACUUUGUUAAUUGGGAUCACCAGCACCGAAUUCGGACAAGCGUCGAACCACUCUCAACCUCCAUCACCGCAACGAGUCCUGGGUUGUGAGGUGCACCAAGAACGCCUUCGCAGGUCUCGUCUUCUCUCGUGCUUACAGCCUUACACAAGGUAUAUGAGGCAUUGUUAAUACCCUGGAGAUAUUCUCACCCCAAGCCAUCUCCUGACCAUGGCGCCGCCCGCCAUCAUCGCACCGUCCAUCCUCUCCGCCGACUUCUCCAAACUCGGCCAUGAUUGCCAGCGUGUCAUAGCCGCCGGCGCUGACUGGCUGCACGUUGAUAUCAUGGAUGGCCACUUCGUCCCCAAUAUCACAUUUGGGCCACCGGUCGUCGCCGCGAUCCGUAAGAGCGUGGAGUGCGAGGAGAAGCCGAAGACGAGUGAUCGGAAGGGGCGUGGCGUCUUUGAUUGCCAUAUGAUGAUCGCUGAGCCUAAACGCUGGAUAUCAACCUUUCGCCAGUCCGGCUGUGAUCUAUAUUGCUUCCACUACGAAGCCGCAGUUGGCAGCACGGCUGCAACCACCCCACACGGGGACAGCAAUGAGAAGACAAACCCGCUGGACAUGAUCCGCACAAUUCACGGUGAAGGAAUGCUGGCUGGAAUUGCUAUAAAGCCCGGGACAAGCGUUGACGUCCUUUGGGAAAUUCUCCAGGCCGAAGAUCCGAGCGACAGACCAGACAUGGUCCUCGUCAUGACCGUAGAACCCGGUUUCGGCGGACAGAAGUUUAUGGCGGAGCAAUUGCCCAAGGUGACGGCGCUGCGAGAAAAGUAUCCGGAUCUGUGGAUUGAAGUCGAUGGCGGACUGGGUCCGACGACGAUCGAUCAAGCGGCCGACGCGGGUGCCAAUGUCAUCGUCGCUGGAAGUGCGAUCUUCGGAACGGAUGACAUGGCAGGGGUAAUUAAUGUCUUACGGGAGGCCGUAGAAAAGCGUGCUGGAAAACUCAAUUCGUAGUGAGCUGAAUGACGAGCACAUUAUAUCGUCUUCCAAUAGAAUGAAAUAGACCGGAAUAUGCAUACCGGUAGAUUGUGAUGAAUAUAAUACCGCAACGGAGAAUGCUAAGCUUCAA